AUGACCUUUGGCUCUGAUGUUCUUCUUCUCCCGGGAAUCUGGGCAGCCUUCCGCAAUGCACGUGCAACCUGUCUUUCUGGCAAUGAUUGCACUCUCACUUCCGUCAACUUCCAACCUGACCUGCUCAAUGACUUCCUCAAGGACCUGCAACGUCUCCUGUUGGCCAACACUGACUCAGUUGAGGCCAAGUUGUACAAGCAGAUUUGCACACAGCUGGAAAGUUACCGUGAGAACUGGAAACAGGUUCUCAGCGGGAGUACAGCGGUUGCUCCCCGUCCGCAUGUGAUGGAACUGGAGGCUGGUCCCUCAGGUUCUUCCCCGCGCAGCCGUGUUUCCACCCUGUCUCCAACCACCACCGCUGCCAAGACUCUCGAGACGUUCAUCCGCUCCCUCCUUAUCUUCCUUUCAUCAGACAAAGUUCAGGAGGAUAACUGCGAGAGCCCUUGGCAAAUUGUAGUCUCUCAAGACCUCAACUUCUUCCUCCCCUUCCGCCAACAUGCUCCACAGGUCCUGGCUGCUCGAGACAAGUGUACCUUCCUUGAUCCAGAGCGUGCUGGUCAGCCCGGGGCUUUGGGAAGUCAUAUCUGCUGGCGCGCUCUCUCCUACCGGUCAAGUUGGUCUGAAAAGCUCAUGGACUCCACCAGCUUUCGCAAUCUCUUCUUCUGGGACUAUGCUUCAUUCAAAGCCAAAAUCAACCACCUCUCCGGGUCUUUGAAGCUCACUGGCUGUGCCCUUCUUCUCUACGUCUGCAACCUCAACGCCUACGGGACUGCACGCAACCAAGAGCUCAAGUUUGCUGAGGCUUACUUUGCAGCAGAGAAGGGGUGGAAAGCUUUGUUGGGCGAUAGGGAGCGGGUGGAAUAUCUUGAGGCCCACAAGUUCUUCACCAAAUUGCACGGUAUUGGUCCCCUCAUAGCAUCCCUCAUCACCUCAGAUCUCAUUUACUCGGGCCAGGUCAAGAUGCCUGACAUCACAGAAAUGGGAGCAAUCAUCUAUCAGAUCUCCAAAGGCGCUGUCUCUGGUCUCAGCUCCCUUGGACUUCUCCACUCAGCCACCAACAAGCAUUCUGUCGAUGUUAUCCAGAGUGCUGCAGUCAACCUCUACAACUCCCUCCACGACUCCUUCACCCCCGAUGAACGUUCCCAAAUGACAUUUGAUCCUAUCAUGUUCGAGCACCUUCUAUGCAAGUAUCAGCAUGUGGAGAGAAAGGUCAAGGCAUUUGAGAAGGAGCUUGCGAAGAACGCGAAGAAGAAGAAGGCCCCAAAGAGGCGCUAG